GCUGGAGACGUGCUUUGCAUUGGCAGGCUGAUGAGAACACGUGUCUCCUCCCUGCCUCCCCCCCGGGCUCCACGGUACCGCAUUGGCAUCAGUAAAGGCACCUGAAAACCGACAACCAACUCCUGGAAACGCUGCCUGCCACCUUAUAACCCGAAAGAAAACGAUACUAUAGGCCCUACAGAGACCUGUGGCUCGCCUUUCUUCGUGCGUAAAGCUUUUGCGCACACCGCCAAACUGCCUCAGAGACUGAAUAGGUGCGCUAACUCGUCGAGCAUCAGAGCGCAGUGCCAAGAUGCAGAAACGGAGCAGCGACGUCUGAAGGUGACAUGAACCUGGGGAUAAUCAAGAGCAGCAGGCGUACAUUGACCAAGAAGUGGAGAUAGCAACUGAAAACCGACGGUGUCUUGAAACCAAACUUGCGCUUCCCCCCCUCCCCCCGUGGCUUUAUCUAAUGCAGAGAAACAAGAGCUGCCAUCCAAAGUAGCCUCACAUUUUUACUGACUGGAGGAGGAGAAAAAAGAACCUAAUUAAGCUGCAGCCAGUUGAGAUUCAGGAGAGGAACGAAAAAUGGCGACAUUAAUCAGAAGCAAGCUUUCUAAUAAACUGUCAAAUGCAGCCACCGCUGUUUCCAACAAAUCCCAGGCGAAGGUGAGCGGGAUGUUCGCCAAAAUGGGGUUCCAGGCCGCCACCGACGAGGAGGGUCUGGGCUUCGUCGCCUGCGAUGACCUGGACUACGACCACCGGCAAGGCAUGCAGAUGGACAUUUUGACAUCCGAUGAAAUGGGGGGAGAGGGGAGCGGAGACGGAGGCGCGCUGGAAGGUGACAGCCACUACCAGAGGGACGGCACCGGUCCACCGCGCUCCGCCUCAAAGGACGGAGGUCCGACGAACGAGUUGACUGAAGCGAGACCAAAAAUCACCGCUUGGGAGGCGGGCUGGAACGUCACGAACGCAAUCCAGGGGAUGUUCGUUCUUGGGUUGCCCUACGCCAUCCUGCACGGAGGAUACCUCGGACUCUUUCUCAUUAUUUUCGCCGCUGUGGUGUGCUGUUACACGGGGAAAAUCCUCAUUGCAUGCCUGUACGAGGAGGACGAAGACGGGCAGCUCGUCCGUGUGAGGGACUCCUAUGUGGACAUUGCCAACGCCUGCUGUGCGCCCAGAUUCCCGUCUUUAGGUGGCCAUAUCGUGAAUGUAGCCCAAAUCAUAGAGUUAGUGAUGACUUGCAUCCUGUAUGUGGUGGUCAGUGGUAAUCUCAUGUACAACAGCUUCCCAGACAUGCCAAUUUCCCAGAAGUCCUGGGCCAUCAUCGCUACCGCCGCUCUGCUCCCCUGCGCCUUCCUCAAGAACCUGAAAGCCGUCUCCAAGUUCAGCUUGCUGUGCACAAUGGCCCACUUUGUCAUCAACGUCCUGGUGAUAGCGUACUGCCUCUCCAGAGCGAGGGACUGGGCCUGGGACAAGGUCAAGUUUUACAUCGACGUCAAGAAGUUCCCCAUCUCCAUUGGGAUUAUCGUGUUCAGCUACACCUCGCAGAUCUUCCUGCCGUCCCUGGAGGGGAACAUGUAUAAACCGAGCGAGUUCCACUGCAUGAUGAACUGGACUCACAUCGCUGCCUGUAUCCUCAAGGGCCUGUUCGCCCUGGUGGCCUACUUGACCUGGGCUGACGAAACCAAGGAGGUCAUCACAGACAACCUGCCCCCAACCAUCCGAGCCGUCGUCAAUAUCUUCCUAGUGGCCAAAGCUUUGCUGUCGUAUCCGCUGCCGUUUUUCGCCGCCGUCGAGGUUUUAGAGAAAUCGUUUUUUAAUGAUGGGGCUCGUGCGUACUUUCCAGAUUGCUACGGAGGCGACGGACGCCUCAAAUCCUGGGGACUCUCUCUCCGAUGUAUCCUUGUUGUGUUCACCUUGCUCAUGGCGAUCUAUGUGCCACAUUUCGCCCUCCUCAUGGGUCUCACCGGCAGCCUGACAGGCGCAGGCCUGUGCUUUCUGCUUCCCAGUCUCUUCCACCUUAAGCUUUUAUGGAGAAAGCUGCUAUGGCACCAGGUUUUCUUUGACGUGGCCAUCUUUGUAAUAGGAGGUAUAUGCAGUGUAUCUGGUUUUAUCCACUCAGUAGAGGGGCUAGUAGAGGCUUUCAAAUAUAACAUAGAAGAGUAGAUUGCAUUGCUGGAACUAGAUGUUAACUGCAAAUCCCCAUUUAGUGAAAAAAUAAUAAAACACACGAGUUCCCGGCAAGCGCGGCCCUUCUGCUUAACUCAUGCGUAAAAAGCGCGCGCACAGAACACACGCGGACAUUUUCGCACUCACUCUUGCAUCAGUUCAGAAGUAACGCGCACACACACGCACACACACACACACACACACACACACACACACACACACACACACACACACACACACACUCUAGGAGCCGAGGGAAUCCAAUGCAUCCACAACACACUAUAUGGACAAUACAUGUUGUAUAAAUAUGCGAACAAACGUACAUAUACAUAUUUUCCAGUGGAGUGAACGUUUACAAUAUUGACCUUAAAUAAAUUUGCAAAAAGGGCAGUUUGUCUUUUAGUCGCUCUUGUGGUGCUUCCCCCACAUGAGACUUCACUUCAUGUAACGCUCCAGUUUGUGAUGGACAGAUAUUCGACGGCAUAAUGUGAUUCAAUGAUGAUCAAGAUAAGUUUAUUUUAAAAGAAGAAGGAAAAAAUAAAUAAAGUUAAACCACUUUCUUCUAUAGGUAAUUUGCAAUAUGAUUAUGGGGCAGUGAAUGUGGUGUUUAAUCCAGAAAAAAGCCUCUGGGACGGAAAAAAACCCCCAACACACAAUGGCAAUAACCAGCAGUAGAAACACAUGAAUGCAUAUAGAAACAUAUGUUCCGUUAGAAAUGAGGAAAUUGGACCUUCCCCCCCACCCCCACCCCCGAGCAGUUUAAAAUACUGGAAAUGCAAAAUAUCAAAGUACACAGCAGCUAUACAAACUAUGCAUUGAAUGUAUGAUAUUUCAGACACAUAAAACACAAUGAAAAGUAGAAAUAUUAAAAAAAGAAAAGAAAGAAAAGAUCCUGCAAAUUUAAAUUCUUCUGCGUGAAAGUGUUAAUGCUUUGGUAUUCUUUCCAAUAUUAACCUUUAAUUUAUUGCGCUUUUAAAUAGGCAAUAACUCAAAUUCACCUGACCUAGUAAAAUGUCCGAACCCCCCCCGGCCCCAUACAUCCUGGCCUAAAUUUCAUCUAGAUGGGGACUCCAAAUUGAAAUCCUGCACACUCGGUUCACCAUAAUGCUUGUCAUUACAUUUGAAAACAAAAUGGCCUGUUAUGAAAUUAAUUUGAAAGAUUCCCGUCUCGAAAAUUCGGUGUCUGAAAAAUAUUUUUCAGAGGUCAUUAAAGAGGAAAAUGUGCAUACAGACAUUUUUCAUUCUGUGCAAUCCAAUGGGUCCUGUGGAAAUGUUAUAAAACCGUAUGUGUAGUGUGUAAUUGUGGUUUCAAAAAGAUGGAAUGUAUAUCUCAAAGUCGUUAUCAUAUAUCGUGAAAUUAAUAUUAAAGAAUAAAGAAAUAAGUGAAAUUA